UUUGAAUUUGAAAUAGAGCACGUGAAAUCCGAACUCUAUAUAGGCCUCUAGCUACUCAACGUUGGAUAUUUGUAUUUGCUUGUUUAAUUGAGAGAUGGCCCUACCCCUCAAUUUAGAAGUCUGGUACUUUGCAGGAUCUGGGUACCGAGAGUUUAUAAUACAAUGACUUUUAUCCUCCACGGCCCUGCCUCUCUGAAGUAGGUAAAUUCUAAACUCUCAAAAGGAAGCCUUAGUCCCCCCCGCCCCACCGCACCCCUCUGCACUCUAAACCCACAGAAAAGAUGGCACGAGUCCUGAGUCCCGAAUAAGAGUCCUGAAUAACCUUGUUUGUGUAGCCCUUCAGGGGCUAGUGCGAAACCUCCCGGGAAGCGGCUGGUGGCGGUGUCUUAAGGCUGGGGCAGGUUGCCGAGUGGGAGGCCCGGCCCAGGGGGUAGCGGUGCCGGGGGCGCAGGGGACCCCCCACGCCGCCCCCGGGGCAGGUGCGCGGCCGUGCGCGCGUGCGCGCCAGGUCCCAGCUCCGGGCGGGCGCGACCCCAGCAGCAGGCGAGGGGGCGGCAGGCGCUCCACGCCGGGUUUUCCGCUGCUCCCCUCGCUCAGACACACAGCCGGGCUCCCCGCAGACACACACGCUGCUGGUCCCGGCCUCCCCGGCACCGCUUCAAAGCUAGCGGGGUGAUGCCACGCCGACUCGGCGGGGCGGCCGGGGCGGAGGCUGCAGGGGGCGAGUGGGCGGGGGCGUAGGCCAUUCGGGGUCUUUCGGUGCAGGAGAGUUGAGGAGGGGGGGCGAAGGGGGCUGUUCCCGGAAAGCCGCGGUGAUGGAGCGGCGUUGCGCCCGCCGCGCGAGGAGUUGAGAAAGAAAACAGGAAACGUGGUGGCCGCGCCGCCGGCCGCGGCUGAUUCAUUGCUUUCAAGCGUCGCGCACGAGGCUCGGCAGGCGGGGCGGGGCGGGCGCCGGGCACCCGGCACCGGGCAGCCGGGGACCAGACGCGCCCUCCGCGGGGCGGGCUCGGGGGCGUGCGCGCCACCCGCCACCCUCCAUUCGCCACCCCCCGCCACCUUCCAGGACUGAGACUCCCGGUGUCGCCGCGCGCGCCGUCUACAAAAGUCACCUCGUGCUUAUUUAUUUAUUUAUUAUCUUUUUUUUUUAAAUUUAUUUAAUCGCGUAAAAGUUGACUUGCCAAACACUUGGCGCGCCAUCCCUGGACGCCGAGCUGAGACGCCAAGCUGGAGAGACGGUGCUGCCCCGAGGCCGGCCUCCCCUGCGCGGUGCCCGGCUUGGCAAUAUGAAGGAGCAGCCCUCAUGUGCGGGCGCAGAGCAUCCGAGCAUGGCGGGGUACGGCAGGAUGCCCCCCUUUGAACUCGCCGGUGGCCCCGUGAAGCGCUUGAGAACUGAGACCCCCUUUCCCUAUCUCUUCGCAGAAGAGGCCUACCAGAAACUGGCCAGCGAGACCCUGGAGGAGCUGGACUGGUGUCUGGACCAGCUAGAGACCCUGCAGACCAGGCACUCCGUCAGUGAGAUGGCCUCCAACAAGUUCAAAAGGAUGCUUAAUCGGGAACUCACCCACCUCUCUGAAAUGAGUCGGUCUGGGAAUCAAGUGUCAGAAUAUAUAUCAAACACAUUCUUAGAUAAGCAACAUGAAGUGGAAAUUCCUUCUCCAACUCAGAAGGAAAAGGAGAAAAAGAAAAGACCAAUGUCUCAGAUCAGUGGGGUGAAGAAAUUAAUGCACAGCUCCAGUUUGACUAAUUCAAGCAUACCACGGUUUGGAGUUAAAACUGAACAAGAAGACAUCCUUGCCAAGGAACUAGAAGAUGUGAACAAAUGGGGUCUUCAUGUUUUCAGAAUAGCAGAGUUGUCUGGUAACCGGCCUUUGACUGUUAUCAUGCACACCAUUUUCCAGGAACGGGAUUUAUUAAAGACAUUUAAAAUUCCAGUAGACACUUUAAUCACAUAUCUUAUGACCUUGGAAGACCAUUACCAUGCCGAUGUCGCUUACCAUAACAAUAUCCAUGCGGCAGAUGUUGUCCAGUCAACGCAUGUGCUAUUAUCUACACCUGCUUUGGAGGCUGUGUUUACAGAUUUGGAGAUUCUUGCAGCCAUUUUUGCCAGUGCAAUACAUGACGUGGAUCACCCUGGUGUGUCAAAUCAGUUUCUCAUCAAUACUAACUCAGAACUUGCCUUGAUGUACAAUGAUUCCUCUGUUUUGGAAAACCAUCAUUUGGCUGUGGGUUUUAAGUUGCUUCAAGAAGAAAACUGUGACAUUUUUCAGAAUUUGACCAAAAAGCAAAGACAAUCAUUAAGGAAAAUGGUCAUUGACAUUGUACUCGCAACAGACAUGUCAAAGCACAUGAAUCUUUUGGCAGAUUUAAAAACUAUGGUUGAAACUAAGAAAGUGACAAGUUCUGGAGUUCUUCUUCUUGAUAAUUAUUCUGACAGGAUCCAGGUCCUUCAGAAUAUGGUGCAUUGUGCAGACCUGAGCAACCCAACAAAGCCUCUCCAGCUGUAUCGCCAGUGGACAGAUCGCAUAAUGGAGGAGUUCUUCCGCCAAGGAGACAGAGAGAGGGAGCGGGGCAUGGAGAUAAGUCCCAUGUGUGACAAGCACAAUGCCUCUGUGGAAAAAUCACAGGUGGGCUUCAUAGAUUAUAUAGUUCACCCUCUCUGGGAGACAUGGGCAGACCUUGUACAUCCUGAUGCCCAGGACAUUUUGGACACUUUGGAGGACAAUCGUGAAUGGUACCAGAGCACAAUUCCUCAGAGCCCUUCCCCAGCACCUGAUGACCAGGAGGAGGGCCGACAGGGUCAGACUGAAAAGUUCCAGUUUGAACUAACUCUAGAGGAAGAUGGUGAGUCGGACACCGAGAAGGACAGCGGAAGUCAAGUGGAAGAAGACACUAGCUGCAGUGACUCCAAGACUCUCUGUACUCAAGACUCAGAGUCUACUGAAAUUCCCCUUGAUGAACAGGUAGAAGAGGCGGAAGGGGAAGAAGAGGAAUGCCAGCCUGAAACCUGUGUAGUAGAAGAAGAUCACUGUCCUGACACGUAACAGUGCAAAGUCUUUUCAUGUCUUUUUUUUUUCUUUUUCUGUUUUUUUUUUAGUAGAAAAAUUAUUUCCAAAGUGCAUGUCACAUGCCACAACCAUGGUCACACCUCACUAUCAUCUGCCAGGACGUUUGUUGAACAAAACUGACCUUGACUACUCAGUCUGGCGCUCAGGAAUAUUGUAACCUGUUUUCUCUCACCUCCAUGCCAUCGGAGCAAAAGGGACAUUUUCAUGAAUGGCAUUUUAACCAGAUUUCAGCUUGGUAGAGCUGACAAAGCAGAGAAAAAUCAAUUCCAAAAUGUCUUCAAGGGAGCGUGGCUCAUCUGGCAGCCCCCAGAUUGGUGUGAUUUGCAGCUUCUUUUCUGUUUAUUUGUUUGCAGUAGUCUCAGCAAAAAGAAGGCAUUACACAGGCAGAAUGAACUAAUGGAUGAGACAACAAGUGAGUCAGGAACAGGACACAAUUUAAAUGUGUUACUAGGAGGAAGAUGAGCCACAGAAAUUACGUAAUUUUCUAAUUUCAAGUCUUCCUGAUACAUGACUGAAUAGUGUGGUUCAGUGAGCUACACUAGCCUCUACAUUUUGUAUGAUAAUGUAAAACAGAUUUUUUGUAGAGCUUACUUUUAUUAUUAAAUGUAUUGAGGUAUUAUAUUUAAAAAGAAACUAUGUUUAGAACCUUCAUCUGCCACUGGUUAUUAUUUUUUUUUCCUAAGGAGUAACUUGCAAGUGUUCAGUACAAACUGUGCUACACUGGAUAAAUCUGAUUUACAAGUUUUACUCGCACCUUCUAGUUCAUAGCAAUUAACUGAUUUGUAGUGAUUUACUGUUUUAUAUACCAAUGACUUCCAUACUUUAAAACAAAAACAACUUUUUGUUGCAGGAAAUCCUUUUUUGUAGGUCUUCGUUUACUUUGCUUUUUCACUUGUUUUAGAUAAAGAGUUGCUCUCCACUGACAGUUUUCUUCACAGUGUGCAAAGUGAAUGUUUGUUCAAUAAUACUUAGAUGUGUGUUCUGUCUAAUGUGUCUUAAGCCUCAUGGAUACUCAAUAAUCAGUUGGUAUUGUCUAAAGCAAGUGAGAUAUAUAUAUAUAUAUAUGUAUGUAUAUAUAUAUAUAUACACACACACACAUACACAUAUAAAUAUAUACCCAGUAGAUAAAAGUGGUCAGUCUUUUUUAGGUAUUUUCCUACUUAGUGUCUUCUGAUAACCUUUUGCUAUGUCAAUAGACCUUCAUUUCACAAGUGCAUGUCUUUGUAAUAACCCACAUGUUUCACAGCCAUUCUUAUUGUUUUCACAGUCAGCUAUAGUAAGAACAAUUUUCCCCUUGUGCUGCUUUAUUAUUUAGUGUGUUUGGACUGCUGUCCAUGUUAACUAGAUGGGGUCUAAUCAAAUAUAUCACCACCAUUCUGACUGAUAAAAAGAAACAAGUAGUCAGGAUAGAGUUAGCAUUCAUUUUUACCAUAAAGUCAAAUACAAUGACUAUCUUUUACUCUUGAUUUAUAGAGAAGAAUUAAUAGCUAACUAGGCAAUUUUUAAUAUUAACAGAGUAUAUCAACAAACAAACGCCAAUAUAAUAAGUUUUUUUUCCCACCGUGGGACUGAAAAAAAUAUGAGGAAUAGUCUUGAAGAGUGAUUUUUUUUUUUUUAAGUGUUAGAAACUACUCUUCCUUCCUGGACAGUCAUGCAACAUACAGGAUUUGCUUUAUCAGUUGUCACUGGUCUAGAAGCACGUCCUAAAGAGAAGUUCUUAAAUACAUUGAGGGAGAUAAAGAUACUGGCAUCAGAUGUUAAGGACUAGAUUGGUGUCCUAAAAUACUGGGUUGGAUAAGAUGAUUCUGCAUAAAUUAAAAAAACUAAUAGAGAUCUCUCUUUACAGAGUUUAACACUAAGAUCUGUAUUACAGAUUUAGAGAUUAUUUCCCAAUAUUUAUCUUCAGUUGAGAUCUUGGGGACAUUUAUUUUAGCUUGGACUUUCAUCACAUUUCAGCUUUUAAUAAAAUGUUUGCCUUCUCUGUGAAAAUUUUGGACCCAAAUGAUUAUUCUUCAUGUUGAUACCCACAAAUUGAAAUGCUUAGUGGAUGUAUAUGGCCAAAUGGAAAAUGACUGUAAGAGAUAAUAGAAAUUGUGACCCAGAAAAUGUUUGGUGUAUUUUAAGGAGCCUUCUGGGGACUAGCAAAUCUAUCAUCAGGGAAAUGACCCAAGGGGAAGAUAGACCCCAUUUUAAUCUUCUGAAAUCCACUGAUGCUUAGGAUCUUUGAUAGGGGACAAAAAAAGUUUUUUCUAUGAUAGAGACAGAUAAGGGGGUAGUACCAAAGGGAGGGAAGGAGGGAGAGAGAGAGAGAGAGAGAGAUCAUAGCACCCAACCUUUCUUCAAUGAGUUGGGGGCUAGGCUUGAACCUGGAUCUGAAAGGUGGCAAAGCAGAGCACUUAACAAGCAAGCUAAUUUGCCAGCCCCAAAUUUCUUAUUUCUGACCUUUCACAUAGGGCCUAGUAAUCAAGGUUCCACAGUCCUCUUCCUAUAAAAUUCAGUAAUCUCUCAGAUCAAGCCCUGUGUCCAAGUGGUUUAGCAAUAAUACAUGGAAACUUGUUUCUGUCUUAAUAGAGGCCAAGAAGGAAGGACAGAUUAUCUAGAGUUUAUUCUUUUUCCCCAAACAAUUAUUUCAUUUUUAAUACUUGGCAUCUCCCCCCAUGCCUAGAAUCUUAAAAAUGAAAAAAAAAAAAUUAAAGCAGCAAUAUGCCGCAAACAAAUGCAGACCUGAAAGGUGUUAUUACUUCACUUACAAGAACAACUCCCUCCCCUCAUUGUGUUGGAUAUUAAUGGUCACAUGCUGUAAAGAUACCCACAUAUGGACAAUCAAACUGUAGUAAAGACAUGCCCAAGAGACAGGGACUAAUGCACUCUACAAUCUGCUUAUCCUCUCCUUCCUUUCUCUUCUCUUGCCAAAGUGUGCGUCAGAAUUCUAAACUGUUUUUUAAAUGAACAUCCUUCUACAAGUGGCUUCACAUUUCUGAAAAUGCCAUAAGAAAAUGCAAUAUCUAGGUACUGUGGUGGUGGUGUGGGGGGGGGGAUGCCUCAGUUUGCAUAAAACCUAGUACAUUUCAGCUUGCAAGUUACGAAACACAAUAAUGUAGUUUUAAUUUCCUUUUCUUUCACAUACUUAAAAUUCACACAAAAAUUGUAUAGAUAGAACAAAUUGCAGACAAGGAAAAAAAAACUUGAAUGAAAUGUGUUUUACAGAAAGCUUUAUGAUAAUUUUUGAAUGCAUUAUUUAUUUUUUUGUGCCAUGCUUUUUUUUCCUCACCAAAUGACCUUACCUGUAAUACAGUCUUGUUUGUCUGUUUACAACCAUGUAUUUAUUGUAAUGUACAUAUUGUAAUGUUAAUUGUAAAUUAUCAGUUCUUACUAAAACAUCAUCCCAUGACGGGAUGGUGUUGAUAUAUUUGGAAACUCUUGGUGAGAGAAUGAAUGGUGUGUAUACAUACUCCUUGUACAUUUUCUUUUCUCUUGUAAUAUAGUCUUGUCACCUUAGAGCUUGUUUAUGGAAGAUUCAAGAAAACUGUAAAAUACAUAAAGAUAUAUAAAUUAAGAAAAAAAAAAAACAACAUAGCUGCAGGUCUUUGGUCCCAGGGCUGUGCCUUAACUUUAACCAAUAUUUUCUUCUGUUUUGCUGCAUUUGAAAGUAAGGUAAUAGUGGUGUUAGGACUGGGUGUUUUAUAUUGAGCUAUAAAUUGGUUGAAUUUCAGACAGGAACUGAAAUUUUGAAAAACUACACACAACAGAGAUUCUUAGACCCUUUGGAAAUACCAACUUUUAAGUCCUCUCCAUGAAGCAGCAGUGCAUAAAUUAUUUAUUCCCUAGCUACUGACUAGGGGAUACUUCAUUUGGUCACUUUUUUAAAAAUACUACUGGAAAAAUACCUUCAUGUUCAGUGAUUAUAAAACAAUUUUGUGGCUUCUAGAGUACAUCAGGACAUGAACUUGAUUUGAAACUAGAACCACCAGUCAUGUGCACUGGCUAUUUCCUCAUCAGCUUCCUAUCAUGGAAAAGGACAUUUUUAAAAAGACCUUGGGGGGUUUUCAUUAAGAUCAAAAUGUCUCUCCGGGUAGAUUCAUAUAUUAAAACACAAGAUUUUACAUGAUGCUAAUCACGUAGCAUUAAGGAUCCAUGCCAUUCUUGAUCAUUUGUUCCUACAAAACAUGUUGCUUUAUAGUAAAAAUUGAUCUAAAUGACAAGCUCCCUGAAAAAUAAUGUUCCCACUAGAUAAUCCAGUGUGAAAACUCUAGUGACUGUUGCCCAGUCCUCAGAAAAUGUGACUUAGUGAAAGGAGAGAUUCCUUUUCUAGGGGGAAAACAAAAUGAGCCUCUUAUUAUUUUGUUUGAUUUUUUUUUUGACACAAACUGUAGAUUUUAGCAGCCCUGGCCCAAAGAAAUUUGAUUACUUUUGUUUUACACAGUACAAAGGAGACACUAUACUUAUAACAAAAAAUCUUUACUGAUUUUAGGGUUUUUUUUUUUUAUUUUAUUUUCUUGGAUAUGUUUUCAGAGUGGUAAUUGUGUGUGAGCAUUAUAAAUGAUGAUUCUUUUAGUGGUUUCUUAGCCUCUCUUACAGCCCAUGGGGAUAGUACUGUACAUCGAUACCUUCAUAUGAAAUUUUUAUAUGCAAUGAAAAUAAAAGCAUGGGUUGAUUCUGCCUA